ACAGCGGAGCCGCCGGGCCAGUGGCGAAGGAGGCAGCUCCACAGCCCGGCUUCCAGGAAGGCACUCCGGAAAGCGCUUUCGGAGCCUUGUUUCGUUUCCCGUUGAGCAGAGAGAAGGGAUCGGCGAUCGGGAGCAGGAGCAGGAGGUGAAGCAGCGGCGGCGGCAGCAGCAGGGCGAGACCGUCCCUGCAAAGAUCCCCGUCCGGGGCUUUCCUCUCUUCCUUCUUGUAGGGCGCGCCUGACCGUGCCCAAGAGGAGCGCAACAUGGAAGCGGCGGCCCCUUCCCGCGACGAGUGCAUCCUCUACCUGGUCUGGUGCUUCAGGACGAAGAUCAGCCGGGGGCUGCAGGUGACGCGCGUGCUGGACCUCAUGCCCUCCCUGAGCGCCGAGGGCAAGGAGGGUGUCCGGGCGGUCCUCCGCAACGACGGCGAGAUCGCCGCCGCAGAGGUCCUGCUGCGCGCCCUGGAGGACGAGGCACCCCGCCGGCAGGGCCUGUGCCAGGAGUUCUGCGACGCCGUGCGGGGAGGGGGCUUCCAGGCCGCCGCCUACCUGGAGCCCAGCCUGAACGAGCUGCCCUCGCCCUCCCUGGAGGCCGACCUCGAGGCAGGCGCCUUCCUGCUGGAGGCCUUGAUGGGCAGCUUGGUGGAGAAACUCAGGGCCGUGCAGGUUGCAGACCACUUUACAAAUAACUUCUUCCAACCCGAGGACGUGGAGAGGGUGAGAGCUCAAGAUAAUUUUCAAGGAAAUCAUGCGGCUGUAAGGGAAUUGCUGAGCAGGGUCGUGCGGAAGAAGGAUUGGUUGUCUCCGUUUCUGGAGGCCUUGCGUAGUUCUGGACAUGAAGGUGUUGCAGAUGAACUAACUGGGCCCAAAAAUGGGCUGCCCCAUUCUGAAACUGCGGAGGAGCUGAAGGAAGGAAGUGAUCAGGAGCAUAGGUCAUCUCGUGAGGAGAAUACCUUGGAAGAAUCACUCGGCGAGGCCUCCAAUUUCUCAGAGACUGAUGUCAGCUUGCUAGACCUAAGUGUCAGUGAUGCCACUGAAAGCCUCGGACAGGUCGGCCUCGUCAACGGUGAUUCAGAUGAUGUGGAUGAUGGGGACGAGAGAGCGUCACCUGAACCAGAGCUGACUCUCAGAGACUACCAAAUGGAAGUAGCCAAACCAGCACUGGAAGGGAAGAAUAUUAUCAUAUGCCUCCCUACAGGCAGCGGCAAGACCCGCGUAGCUGUUUACAUUGCCAGAGACCAUUUGGAUAAGAAGAGAGAAGAACAAAAGCCUGGGAAAGUUAUAGUACUUGUCAACAAGAUUCCUCUGGUGGAGCAGCAUUUCAGGAAAGAGUUUCACCCUUACCUGAAACACCAAUAUGAAGUAACUAGGCUGAGUGGUGACUCUCAGCUGAAAAUUUCGUUCCCUGAAGUCGUCCGAAAGCACGAUGUCAUUAUCUGCACUGCUCAGAUCCUUGAGAAUGCACUGCUGAAGGCAGAUGGAGAUGCUGAAGAAGGGGUCAGUUUAGCAGAUUUCUCUCUGAUUGUUAUUGAUGAAUGCCAUCACACUCACAAAGAAGGAGUCUACAACAAUAUCAUGUGUCGUUAUGUGAAAGAAAAAAGGGGCAAUAAGAAGCGAAUGAAAGAGAACAAACCAUGGAGUCCUCUGCCACAGAUCCUAGGACUGACAGCUUCACCUGGUGUCGGAGGUGCAAAAAACCAUUCCAAAGCUGAGGAACAUAUUCUGAAGAUAUGUGCCAAUCUUGAUGCAGAGAGGAUCAUGACUGUUAAAGAACAUGUGUCGCAACUGGAAGAUCACGUGAAGGCACCCUACAAAAAGUUUGAGAUUGCAGAUGACAAACGGAAGGAUCCAUUCAGAGAAAAACUCAUGAGCAUAAUGAUGAAGAUCCAUGCCUAUUGUAGGUUCAAUCCAAACUGCGAAUUUGGAUCUCAGACUUAUGAACAGUGGGUUAUUCAAGAGGAGAAGAAAGCUUCUAAAGAAAAGAACCGCAAAGAACGUGUCUGCGCAGACCAUUUGAAGAAAUACAACGAUGCCUUGCAAAUUAACGACACCAUCCGAAUGAUCGAUGCGUACAACCAUCUCAAAAGCUUCUAUCAGGAAGAGAAGAUCAAGAAGGGGAAAGUGAAUGAAGAAGAAGACGAGCCAUUGAAACUAGAUGAAACAGACGAGUUUCUUUUUGAUUUAUUUUACGGCAACAAAAAGGAGUUGAAAGUGCUAGCUAGUAAGGAACAAUACGAGAAUGAAAAACUGACAAUGCUGCGCAAAACUUUGAUGGGGGAGUUCACGAAGACGGCUGAGCCCAGAGGGAUCAUUUUCACAAAGACUCGGCAAAGCGCCUACGCCCUCCAUCAGUGGAUUAAAGAGAACUCGAAGUUUGAAGAAGUCGGAGUGAAAGCUCAUUACUUGAUCGGUGCUGGACACAACAGUGAAUAUAAGCCCAUGACUCAGAAUGAACAGAAGGAAGUCAUUGAAAAAUUCCGCAGUGGAAAAGUGAACUUGCUCAUUGCUACUACUGUGGCAGAGGAAGGGCUGGAUAUCAAGGAAUGUAACAUCGUUAUACGCUAUGGCCUUGUUACCAAUGAAAUAGCUAUGAUGCAGGCACGUGGAAGAGCUCGAGCUGAUGAAAGUACAUAUGUACUCGUGGCAUCAGGAGAUUCUGGAGCGGUUGAGCGUGAAAAUGUGAAUAUUUAUCGUGAGAAAAUGAUGUAUAAGGCGAUUAGGCAGGUCCAAGAGAUGCCCCGAGAAGAAUAUUGUAAUAAGAUUGAAGGCUUUCAGAUACAAAGGAAAGUGGAAGCCAAAAUGAAGGCAAAGAAAGAGCAGCGUAAAAUGCUCAAGCAAAGCCCGUCCUUGAUAAAGUUCCAGUGCAAAAACUGCCACAAGAUAAUAUGUUCAGGAGAAGACAUACAAGUUAUUGAAAAGAUGCAUCACGUCAUUGCCAAACAGGAAUUCCAGGAGCUCUAUAUUGUAAGAGAAAACAGGACUCUGCAAGCAAAGGAAGUUGAUUAUCAAACAAAUGGAGAAAUUAUCUGCAAAGAUUGUGCACAGGUUUGGGGGACUAUGAUGGUGCACCGAGGUCUUGACCUGCCAUGCUUAAGAAUAAAAAAUUUUGUGGUUGUGUUCCAAGGCAAGAAAACUGUUCAAAACCAGACCUUCAAAAGAUGGGCAGAGUUGCCCGUUAAAUUUCCAGAUUUCAAUUAUGCUGAACACUGUGUAUCUAGUGACGAAGAUUAAUAAAUCCUGAGGCAGCUAUUGUUGUUCUUGCAUUGUUGUUCUUGCAGCUGUUGUUGCGAAGGGCAAAUUAACAUAUACACUUUCAUGACUCAGUCAGAUUUACCCCCGCGCACAAAAACAUAAGAUAUAUUUCUGUAGUCUAAAAAUACUAUGGUGCACUGCAAUGUUGUUUAUAUAGGUAGUUUUAUGUAGCUUAUAUAGGUAGGGAUCUUACAGGAUCAUUUGUAUUUCAAUGUUUGUAUCAAUAAAGAAGAAGAAAAAUA